AUUUCCAUCUUCUCCGACUGCCGCCAUCUUGUUAUCAGUUAACGCGCGUUAGUCCGUCACCUACAUGUCUUCCAACUGCAGUGAUGUGAUUGCGGAGUUUCUAGAAGUGGCUAUCCAUCAGAUAUUAUACUGUAGGAAUGUCUAUCCGCGAGAAUUAUUUGAGAGAAGGCAGCUGUAUCAAGUUCCCGUACACAUGUCAUGCCAUCCCGAGUUAAAUUCGUACAUUGUGGAUGUCAUAUCUUCAGUGAAAGUUCUCUUGUUGAAAACACAACUGGACAAAGUAGCUGUUGUUUUAUCUAAUAAGGAUGACAAGCCUGUGGAGCGGUUUAUAUUUUCAUUUGUAUUGUAUGAUGAAAAUGCUGUAAGUGAAGAUUGGCACUUGCUUCGAGUAGAAAUGGCACUGCGAGAUUUCUUGCUGAAGAUUAGUACAUGUGAAAGCACAUUGGGAGCCGCUCAUGAGGGCUGCACGUUUGCAGUGGAAGCAUAUACAAGUGAAUCAGGAGCUUUGGCUCUUCAGUCAAGUCAAGAGGAAUUUCCUUGGGUGUGUAUCAGUCAACAAUUAUCAAGCAUUCAACCCAAAAUAUUGCCAUUGAAAUCGGCUCGCACAGAGGCGUUCCAGAUGCAGUUGUAUGUUGAGCAAGGUGAGAUGCAGUAGCGUAAUGUGUGUAAAUCUCUAGUCAGUUUGGAGGGCAACAUUCAUGAAAUGCCAACAACCGAACUAGAUCUCAAGUCUCUCAAAUUGAUUACUGCACUUAAACUUGUGUGUAUACUCUGAAGACAAUGGCUGUGAUGAAGGACAUAAUUGUCAUUGAAAAUUUCUUUGCAGUCUUUGAUGAUCUGCACUGAGUGGCAAGACAUUGUUUAUGUAGCUAAAACUAUGUAUGGUCUUGCUUAAAUACUGCAGCAGUACAGUGUACUGAUGGUAUUGCCUGAUUUAAGGAGUUGUAACUGUGGUGUUUAGUCCGUUGUCGUCUUGUUUAUUCAUUGCUUUUUAAAUACAUGUGACACACA